GUCUUUUUAGCUUGUGUGCCGCUUUUUUUUUUACCGUCAUUCAACUUCCUCCCUUUUACAAGUCCACUCCCUAUGGCAUCAACAGCACCGUCAACAGAAGACCAGGCAAAAUUCCUUGAGGAUGCCUUGAACGUCGUCAAGAUCCAAUCGUUUCAAAUGAAGCGCUGCCUGGGCAAUAACAAGCUGAUGGACGGCCUUAAACAUUGCUCCACCAUGCUGGCUGAGCUCAGGACUUCCAACCUCACCCCAAAGAAUUAUUAUGAACUUUAUAUGGCGAUCUUCGAUGCUCUUCGACACGUCACAACCUACCUAAAGGAAGCUCAUCAGAGUGGACGACACCAUUUGGCGGAUCUCUAUGAAUUGGUGCAAUAUGCAGGAAACAUUGUGCCGCGUCUUUAUCUUAUGGUCACAGUCGGCAGCGUCUACAUGGAGAUGCCCGAUGCCCCUGUCAAGGAAAUCAUGCGAGACAUGAUGGAAAUGGCACGCGGAGUCCAGCAUCCAACACGUGGAUUGUUUUUGAGAUAUUAUCUUAGUGGACAAACCAGAAAUGCGCUCCCUGUGGGAACAGAAGAUGGACCUGAGGGAAGCAUUACAGACUCAAUCCAGUUCAUUUUAACUAACUUUAUCGAGAUGAACAAGCUAUGGGUCCGUCUUCAGCACCAGGGCCAUUCUAGGGAACGUGAAAAGCGUGAAAUGGAGCGCAAGGAACUUAGGAUCUUGGUUGGAACAAACCUUGUCCGUCUUAGCCAGUUGGACAACGUUGAUUUGGAGGUCUAUCAGUCUACUAUCCUACCAAGUGUUCUUGAACAGAUUAAAAGCUGCAAGGACGUCAUUGCUCAGGAAUAUCUCAUGGAAGUCAUCAUUCAGGUGUUCCCUGACGACUUUCAUCUGAGGACAUUGAAGCCUUUAUUGUCAGCCACAGCUCCACUCCAGCCCAAAGUCAACGUGAAGCAGAUUGUGAUCGCCUUAAUCGACCGCCUGGCAGCACAUGCGGCUAGGGAAGCUGAUAGUAACGAUGAUGUCGCUAUUUCUGAGACACCCGCCUCACCAAAGGCGCCAUCUGUUAAAGCGAUUGAAGAGAGCACCGAGAAAGAAGAACCAUCUGCCAAUGGCGAUAAUUCUGAGGAAGCAAAAGAGGGCCUUGGUGAGAAAGCUAUGGUAAGGUAUGAGGGCCUUGGUGAGAAAGCUAUAGUAAGGUAUGAGGACGAAGAGACUGUGGCAGGAGAAGAGGACCCAGAGCAACAACAAGAGCAGCCAGCUUCAGCUCCUAAGCCCGUCAAAGUCCGCAGAAUUAGAGGUAUCCCUGAAGAUGUCGAGUUGUUUGAGAUCUUUUGGGACAAAAUUGUGGAACUUGUCAAGCGCCGUCCUGAAUUGUCUAUUCAGGACAUCACAGCUUUACUAGUUUCAUUAAUCAACUUGUCGCUCAGCUGUUAUCCCGAAAAUUUGAAAUAUGCGGGUCAAGUUCUUGGAUUUGCCAAAGAUAAAGCCUCUGAAUAUAGUGAGAGCCCCGAAUUGCAACAUAAAGACACUGUCAGCAACCUCCAAAACCUUCUCACGGCUCCUAUCCAACAUUAUCCCUCUAUCCUUACGCUUCUGGAGCUUCCCAACUUCAUCGCUCUUCUCUCGCUUCAACCUUAUCAAACGCGCCGUGCCAUCGCCCAUGCUGUUGUCGAAUCUAUCCUGAAGAAUGAGACCAUCAUUAGUACUCCCGAGGAUGUCAAUGGAAUCUUGGAGAUCUGCGCUGUCAUGGUCCGCGAUCAGAAGGAUGGUGGACACAACUCAGGUCCAUUCCGUAGUACUCGUAGCAACCGUAAUGAAAGCGGCAAUGUCGACCCAGAGGAGUUUGCAGAGGAACAGGGCCAUUUGGCGCGCAUCAUUCAUUUGUUCAGGAGCGAAGAUGCAGAUACACAGGCUGCCAUUCUAUCCGCAGCCAGGAAACAAUUUGGAGACGGAGGAGAGCGCAUUCGUUAUAUGUUCCCGCCUCUUGUUAUUCAAGCCGUGAAGUUGGCUCGUCGCUUCAAGAGAUUGCAGGACACGGAUGAAGGAUGGGAGAAGAAAUGUUCCACAUUAUUCAGGUUCAUUAACCAAGUCAUUUCUAUACUCCACAGCAAGGUCGAUAACUCGGAUGUUGUGUUGCGGUUGUUUUUGUUAGCCGGACAGAGCGCAGAUGAGUGCGGAUUUGAGGAUAUUUGCUACGAGUUUUUUGUACAGGCAUUUACGAUUUAUGAGGAAUCGAUCUCUGAAUCCAGAGCACAAUUCCAAGCAAUUACUCUAAUGGUCGGAACACUACAGACGACAUCUUGCUUUAAUGUGGACCAUUACGAUACCCUUAUUACCAAAUGCGCACUUCAUGGAGCUAAACUGUUGAAGAAGCCUGACCAGUGCCGCGCCGUUUACACGUGCAGUCAUCUGUGGUGGGGCACCAUGAUCGUUGGCCAAUCCGAGGAGGGUGAGGAAGCAGUUCAGCCAUAUCGUGAUGGUAAGCGUGUACUUGAGUGUCUCCAGAAAGCUCUCAAGAUCGCAGAUUCUUGCAUGGACUCGGUGACGAAUGUAGAACUCUUUGUCGAAAUACUCAACCGAUACAUUUACUACUUUGAGAAGCAAAAUGAGGCAGUUACUGUCAAGUACUUGAAUGGGCUCAUUGAUCUGAUCAAUACUAAUCUGGGCAACAUGGAGAAUCCUGAUCAACAUCCCCCAUCGACCAACUCGUCAGCGUUGCUGGAGAAUGACCCCGCACACCUUUCAGAAUAUGUUUUGGCUCACUUCCGUAACACAAUCUACCAUUUAGAACGUCGUAAGAAUGCAGGCGAUAAAAAGUAUGCAGAUCUCGAUGCUAGCUUAGCCAUCUAAAUUUCUAGUUUUCUUUUGACUUUUUUUACUAAAUGUUGGACAUGACAGUGAAGUGGAUUGAGAUAAUAUAAGCACAAAUAAACGAGC